ACAGUGCGAGGCGCUGUGCGACUACGAGCGAGCGAGUGUCACAAAGAGAGAGGAAUUUUGUUUGGAGUUUGGACCCAUUUCCAUUUGGAUUCAUUUGAUUUUGAUUGUUGGAGUUGUUUUGUUGUGUUUUGUAUGUUUUAAUUGUCUAAUAGAUAAAUCAUAAUUAAUUUCACUACUUGAUUUUGAAUUCUUCAAUUUAGAGGAAAAGUAAAGCUGUGCCGUGUUCGUGAUCGUCGCCGUCAGGAGGUAAUUAUAACAUUUACAAAAUGGGUAGAAAAGUGUACGUGGUUGGCGUCGGAAUGACGAAGUUCGUCAAACCCAACUCUGGAAAUGAUUACCCGGAGUUAGGUAAAGAGGCCGUGUUGGAUGCCUUAGCUGACGCUGGCAUUAAAUAUGAUGAUAUACAGCAAGCGGUAUGUGGAUAUGUUUUCGGAGAUUCCACAUGCGGCCAGAGAGUUUUGUAUCAAGUUGGCAUGACGGGUAUCCCCAUAUACAAUGUAAAUAACAACUGUUCUACAGGCUCCAAUGCUUUAUUCCUUGCAAAGCAACUUAUUGAAGGCGGAAAUGCUGACGUCAUUCUUGUAGUAGGGUUUGAAAAAAUGGCUUCUGGGCCCCUAGGCGGCGGCGCCUUCACCGACAGAACCAAUCCUAUGGACAGGCACACUUUGAAAAUGGCAGAAAUGGCCGACAUCGCAGCAGCACCAAUGACUCCUCAGUUCUUUGGCAAUGCAGGCAUUGAGCAUAUGAAGAAAUAUGGCACAACUGAGGUUCACUUUGCCAAGAUUGCAGCCAAAAAUCACCGCCACGGUGCAAAGAAUCCGCGAGCCCAAGGCACGAGGGAGUAUACAGUUGAGGAAGUAUUGAAUUCUAGGAAGAUCUACGGUCCUUUGACUAAGUUGCAAUGUUGUCCAACUAGUGACGGGGCUGGUGCGGCUGUACUCAUGUCCGAGGAGGCAGUAAUUCGCUACGGGCUGCAGAGUAAAGCUGUUGAGAUUAUUGGUAUGGAGAUGGCAACUGAUACGCAUGAAGUUUUUACUGAAAACAGUUUGAUGAAAGUCGCUGGUACUGAUAUGACGGCUCUAGCUGCGAAAAGGUUGUAUCAGAAGACUGGUAUCUCACCGAAACAGAUAGAUGUUGUGGAGCUCCACGAUUGUUUCUCUGCCAAUGAACUGAUUACGUAUGAAGGGUUACAGUUGUGCGGGGAGGGGGAAGCGGGGAAGUUUAUCGAUGCUGGGGACAACACAUACGGAGGGAGAGUGGUUGUGAAUCCGAGUGGUGGAUUGAUAGCCAAGGGCCAUCCAUUGGGAGCGACCGGCCUAGCACAGUGUGCGGAGUUAGUGUGGCAGCUCCGGGGAGAAGCUGGCCCGAGACAGGUGCCACGCGCGAGACUAGCUCUUCAACACAACUUGGGUCUCGGAGGCGCAGUCGUCAUUGCAAUGUACCGCAAAGGUUUCUCCGACGCCACCCCCAAAAAUGUCGCUGUGGCUGAUAGCCCAGACGACUUCAAAGUCUUCAAAUACAUGAAGAUUCUUGAAGAAGCGAUGAAAGAUGAUAAAGACAAUUUAAUCGAAAAAGUCAGAGGUAUCUACGGAUUCAAAGUUAGGAACGGUCCCAAUGGUUUAGAAGGAUACUGGGUCAUUAAUGCUAAGGAGGGAAAAGGAAAGAUUACGUAUAACGGCAAAGAGAAGCCAGACGUGACCUUCACCAUCAAUGACGAGGAUGUGGCCGAUCUUAUUUCGGGGAAACUGAACCCGCAGAAGGCAUUCUUCCAGGGGAAGAUCAAGAUCCAAGGGAACAUGGGAUUAGCGAUGAAACUGACGGACUUACAGCGCCAAGCGUCUGGGAGGAUCGAACAGAUUCGGUCGAAACUGUAAAUUUUAUGGCCAAAUCUAGAUUUAUUUUUCGGUUAUGGAUACGAGGUUCGGGGCAUUUGUAAGCUUUCUCUCUGUCUAUCUUAUUCUAUGAAUUUAUCGUAGGUAGAGGAUUUUUAUAAGCAAAUUGUUACUUAUAGUUCACAUGAUCACCCUAGGUGCAAUAGAAAAGUUUACUGUUGAGAAAUUUAUUAUUACUUUUUAAUUAUGUUAUCAUUCCAAAUGGCAUAUUAUAUCAAUAUUUUUGUUAAUAAUAUUUGUAAUUAUAAUAUAAAAGAUUUGUACAAAAUA